AUUUUCGUUAGAGAUACCUUACGUCAAUUUCUUCACUUUUCACUUCCGUGUUUGUUUACAUCCUGAAAUUGAACGUAAUUUGGUUUAUUCCUUGUGUUUAUAGGAAAAUUACACUCUAUAAUAAAGAUGUCGACCCCUUCUAGACCUGCACCACCAAGACCUCAGCCGAAACCAGGUCAAGUAAAGGUUUUCAGAUCGCUCUAUGCCUACACAGCCCUGCAGAGUGAUGAAUUGACCUUUGAAGAAGGUGACCUACUUUAUGUGACUGAAAUGACAAAUGAUGGCUGGUGGAAGGGGAGAUGCGGAACUAAAUCGGGUCUUAUUCCUGGAAACUAUGUUGAAGAAAGCACGGAGUCUGUUGAUUUUCCCCUUCACGAAGCAGCUAAACGUGGCAAUCUUUCCUUCCUUCAAGAAUGCAUCUCAAAUAAGGUUUCGGUCAAUAGUCUUGACAAGGCCGGAGCCACCCCCCUCUACUGGGCAGCUCAUGGAGGACAUAUUGAUUGCAUGAAGGCAUUACUAGCAAUACCAAACUGUCAAGUAGAUGCUCAGAACAAGAUUGGAGACACAGCGUUACAUGCAGCAGCGUGGAAAGGACACAAGGAAGGAGUACAGAUUCUCUUAGAAAAAGGAGCACGGACAGACUUGCCAAACAAUGAUGGUAAAAUUCCUCAACAACUUGCUUCAAAAGAUCCCGCUACUGCAGCACUUCUUCUACCUCAGAGAAGAUACGACGACGACGAUGAAUAUCUUGAUGAGGACGAUUCAGACUAGUGACACACAGUAGUCUAGGCAGCGGUUUCUUGUGUGAUGUAAAUAUUUAUUUUUUUGUACAAAAACAACAACAAUACACAGUAAACCAGGUUCAAAUAGGGUUUAUAUAAUAUAUCAUAUUUUAUAUAAAUUGUUCUUUUGCAAUCAUGGUUUCUACAGUGACAUAUAUGCGGAAUAAGAAGAGCAAGUUGAACAUUGCAGUUUGCACUAAAGUUACUCCCAUGUUUAAUCUUGAAUUGCACCACACAUUAUUUUACAGUAAAGUCACACAGAUAAGACGAAAUCAAUGAGACAAAGCAUUAGUUUGAUAUAAUAGGUGGGAAUUCAAGACAAGGUACUGGUCGUAUAAGAACAAAAGAUACAUUUGGUAAGAACUGGUUCUGCGUUGACCGUAACACACUAUAUCAUCAUUCGGAGCAACUCAUAUACUUAAACACAAAGCUAACCCUCAUCUUGCUCCAAAAAAACAAUAUUAUCAUGGUAUGUUAUCUAUUAAAAAUCAUUGAUAAAUGGUAUUGAGUCUAUUGACUGUUGUAUUAAGUCAGAUACAUGACUAUUUAGUAUUUUACAUCAUCAUAAAAAUGUAAUAUACAUGUGUUAAUAGAAAUAUAUAUUUCAAAUUAUUUUAUUUGGAUAAGGUACAACAAUUACAGGAAAUAUUUUGAAAAAUUUGGUGAGAGACAUAGAGUAUAUGACAUAGUCUGCUUGGAGCCAGGAAAGGGUUAACUCUGUCUUAGAGUAUAUGAGAAAUACCCUUCUCCUGCUCCAAACAGACGAUACUAUAUAUGCCCUUAAUAUGUUGUACAGCAUAUCACACCUUUGUAUUAUCGUAGAAUGUCAAAAUUAUGGACCAAAUUUUGAUUUAUUUUUUUGUCAUUUUUGAAAAUAUGAUUUUCAGCCAUUGUAUGAUCACAGGGGUUUGCUUUGAAGGGUCCUCUGGGUAAUAACCUUUUGGGGGAUUAUUAUGAACUUUUGUGAUUUAUUCUUGGGGACUGGGUAAAAA